AUGUGCGUUUUUGGGACAUCCUCCCCCUGGCGGUUUGGGUGUGUUUCCGGGUGACGCAGGCGCCAUCUUGUGAUUGUCGUUGGGCCAGGCGCUGGUUUUCUGGCGGUUUUCUAUACAGAGCCGGCUCUAUCACAGUCUCCUUCUAACUUACUGCUGUUCGGAAGCUAGGUUGAUUUGUAGCGAUGAGUUACGGACGAAUGCCCCCCGAUAUCGAAGGGAUGACUUCGCUGAAGGUGGACAACCUAACUUACCGCACGUCGCCCGAGACGCUGAAGCGCGUGUUCGAGAAGUACGGCAAAGUGGGCGACGUUUAUAUCCCCCGAGACCGCUUCACCCGGGAGAGCCGCGGCUUCGCCUUCGUCCGCUUUCACGACAAGAGGGACGCCGAGGAUGCCAUCGACGCCAUGGACGGCGCGAUGCUGGAUGGCCGGGAACUGAGGGUGCAAAUGGCGCGCUAUGGCCGCCCGGCCGAGUCACACCGCCGAGGAGGCUCGUCCCGACGUUACGGUGGCGCCUACGGCAGGAGAAGCCGCAGUCCGAGAAGACGACGUCGGUCCCGUACAAGGUCCAGAAGUCGAACUAGGUCAAGAUCCCGCUACAGCAGGUCCAGGUCUCGCACCUAUUCUCGAUCCAGAUCUCGUUCAAAAUCGAGGUCUGUUGAAAGAUCAAGAUCGAAGUCAAAAUCUAAAUCAAAGUCAAGGUCUCGGUCUGUAUCAAGAUCUAGGAGUGGAUCGCAAAUGUCUCGAGGAUCCAAGUCAAAAUCCCGGUCGAAAACCCCCAUAUAUUCAAGAUCUCCACAGAAAGAUGGAAUUGGAUCACCAUAAAAAAGUGGUAAAUUGCACCAAAAUAUUCUGGAUGGCUGGAAGAUUUACAUGGUAGAUGCCUUGCAAGAAAUACCAACUCUUGACAACUGUUUAGGUGGUGGAGAGACCUUCCUAAAAUAAGCAGUGAUCUACUUAAAAGGUUAUUAUAACAUUAUUGUUUAUAAUAGGUUUUGUCAGUUUAAGUCUUGAAUUAAAAUUAGUGUCUGAGAAGGCUCAUUGUGUUAUGUGCCAUCUGUGUUGCUAUUACUUAAACUUCUUACAAUUUAGUGAAAUGUUCGACUUCAGAUGCAUUUUGGCUUGGAUAUGUACAUAAGGUAAAAAGCAUGGAACGUAUUUCCAGGUUUUGUAAAGUUUUUUUUUCUGUACGCUGAAGUAAUUAUCUUUCUAAAUUUCAAAUUUGCAUAUGUCUUUUUCUGUUAUUUUCAUUUCAGUCUAAUACUAAUCUUAUUGUCUCAUGUAUUUUUGUGCACUAGGCGCAGUUGUGUAGCAGUUCUGUAAAGCGGGUUAGCUGUAAGGUGGCGUGUUGCAGUGCAGUGCAGAGUGCUUGGCUGUGUCCUGUAUUCUCCUGAUUGCUCCUGUAAUGAUGCCUUGACGUGCAGAAAAUAUGGCUGUCCAGUAAAAUGCCUGUCAGCUGCACCUCCAGAGACGUGGCUGCGUGUAAAUUAUGGAGCAGGCAGUAAGCACCUUUAGCUACCUUGUUUUUGUACUUGGUAAUGUGGUUUAUCCAUUACCACAUGGAAUACACUGUUUAGAAUGCUGUUAAUUUUUGAAAUUGAGUGUAAUUAACAGUUUUAUUAGCUUCAGUACAUGAAUCCUGUACAACUUGUAUGUCUGUAAUGAUAUUAAAGACUUUUUUCUUGGU